AUGGCUUCCAAUUCAAUCAAGUUGCUUACUGGCAACAGUCAUCCCACCCUUGCGAAGCUGGUGGCUGAUCGGUUGGGCAUCGAAUUGGCCAAGCUGUUAGUGCUUCAAUAUUCUAAUCAAGAGACCUCUGUAACCAUCGGAGAGUCGGUUCGUGAUGAAGAUGUCUUCGUCUUCCAGUCCACCGCCCCCGGCGAUAUCAACGAUGGCCUCAUGGAGCUCCUCAUCAUGAUACGAGCAUGCAAGACCGCUUCUGCCCGUCGGAUCACGGCUGUUAUACCCAAUUUUCCGUACGCGCGCCAGGACAAAAAGGACAAGUCGCGCGCUCCUAUAACCGCCAAGCUCAUGGCAAAUAUGUUGCAGACCGCAGGCUGUAACCAUGUAAUCACUAUGGAUUUACAUGCCAGUCAGAUCCAAGGCUUUUUCAAUGUCCCUGUGGACAAUCUAUACGCCGAACCUAGUACCCUUCGCUGGAUCCGGGAACACGUUCCGCUUCAGGACGCAGUCAUUGUUAGUCCGGAUGCCGGAGGAGCUAAAAGAGCAACCUCUAUAGCGGACGGUCUUGACUUGGGUUUCGCUCUGAUCCACAAAGAACGCCCGAGACCGAAUGAGGUUUCACGAAUGGUCCUGGUCGGAGAUGUCACUGGAAAGACUGCUAUUAUUGUUGAUGAUAUCGCUGACACAUGCGGGACCCUAUGCAAGGCAGCUGAUGUAGUCAUUCAACACGGCGCGAAAGAGGCGUUGGCAAUCGUCACUCACGGUGUUUUGAGUGGUAAUGCAAUCCAGAACUUGAACGACAGCAAGCUCAAGAAGAUCGUCGUGACCAAUACCGUCCCCCACACAGAAAAGAAGGAGUUGUGCUCCAAAAUCGAGACCAUUGAUAUCAGCCCUACGCUUGCAGAAGCGUGUCGCCGGACCCACAACGGGGAGAGUGUGUCGUUCCUCUUCAAACAUGCGCCAGUUGAUUAA